UUGUGUUUGCUUCCGUCUCACUCUGGGGCCUAACCCGAAUCCCUUGUGCUCGUCCCCGUUCUUCUGCUGCGUGAGGAGGGGAGUUGGCGGGGAGGUGGGAAGGAAGGAGGGCCAGGAAUAAUGGCUGCCGAGAUAGUCCCCGCUUUCGUGGUAGCGGCGUUCUUGCUGCUGAUGGCGGUUUCUGCGGUCGCGGAUGAGAGCUACGUGCGGCCGCCUCCACGCGCGGAACUGGGCGUCGGCGUCCCCACCUGGUUCUGGGGGAGGAAGUCGACGUCUCCCUUCCCUCAGCAGGUUCACAUCUCUUUGGCCGGAGACAGACACAUGAGAGUAACAUGGAUCACGGACGAUCCAACUGCUCCUUCAGUUGUAGAAUAUGGUACAUCACCCGGAGAGUAUAUGGCCACCUCUCAAGGAGAAAGUACAUCUUAUAGCUACUUGCUAUACAGCUCUGGCAAGAUACACAAUGUUGUUAUUGGGCCAUUAGAGGCCAACACUGUGUAUUUCUAUCGAUGUAGCGGCCAGAACCCUGAAUUCAGUCUGAAAACCCCACCGUCUCAAUUUCCUGUCACUUUUGCUGUGGUUGGUGAUUUGGGGCAGACGGAAUGGACUUCAUCUACUCUUGAUCACAUCGACAAAUGCGAGUAUGAUGUGCAUUUGCUGCCUGGGGACCUGUCUUAUGCAGAUUACAGGCAGCACCUGUGGGAUUCAUUUGGUGAAUUGGUGCAGCCUCUUGCAAGUGCAAGACCGUGGAUGGUAACAGAGGGAAACCACGAGAAAGAGAGCAUCCCAUUCUUUAAGUCUGGGUUUGAUGCAUACAAUGCAAGAUGGAAGAUGCCAUUUGAGGAGAGUGGUUCGAGUUCAAAUCUGUAUUACUCUUUCGAAGUUGCUGGAGUUCAUGUUGUGAUGCUUGGUUCCUACACUGAUUACGAUGAGUAUUCUGAGCAGUAUAAUUGGCUGAAGGCUGAUCUAUCAAAGGUGGACCGACAAAAGACCCCGUGGCUGCUGGUAUUGAUGCAUGCCCCUUGGUAUAACAGCAACUGGGCUCACCAAGGAGAGGGUGACAAAAUGAUGUCCUCGAUGGAACCAUUGCUUUAUGCUGCAAAUGUCGAUAUUGUGCUGGCAGGCCAUGUCCAUGCAUAUGAGCGCUCUACACGUGUCAACAUGGGAAAGGUGGAUCAUUGCGGACCCGUGCAUAUCACUAUUGGUGAUGGAGGCAACAGAGAAGGGCUGGCUCAAAGGUAUCUGAAGCCGAAGCCCGAAUGGUCAGUUUUCCGUGAAGCCAGUUUUGGUCAUGGAGAGCUAAAGAUUGUGAAUUCCACCCAUGCUCAUUGGAGCUGGCAUCGCAAUGAUGAUGAUGAACCCGUGAAAUCAGAUGAAGUUUGGAUAACAUCACUUGUUAAUUCUGAUUGCAUUCGUAGCAACCAGUUGGACUUGAAGAUCCGCACCACGGCUUAGGAUGAACAGUUUGGGAGCUUGUCUUCUCCUCAGGUCUUUCACCAAUUCUCCUUCUGCAGUAGCAAAUGUCAUGCGGCUUGACCUGGGUAGAUGGUGGAGCAGUUUGCCAAUGCGUGUCGUUCCAUUGUUCUUUCUCAAACUUUAUGCUUUAAAAAAGGCGUUAUAAAUUCCAGGCCGAGUAUAAAUAAUCUGAUCCAAGUUGACCAGCAAGACUUCACGAGCUAGAGCUGUGGAGAGACUAGGCUGAUAUGCUACAUCUGUAGAUAGUUUUACGUGACAUUCAGAAGGAACAGUGUCUACAAUUCUCGUCAAUGACAUGCUAGCGAGCUCUUGCAUUGUUACCAUAUGACUAUUCUGUACUUGGAGAAUAGAGUGUGCAUCUAAUUAGUGACCAGUAAGUAACACAAAAUGUUUAUUGUGACCA